GGUGACAUUAGGGUUUUACGAACUGCCAACAGACUCAGUAUAUGUUUCUGGCUCACAAAAAUAGUUAACUUUUAAAACAAAUUUAAAGUCGAAAAAAUGUCACAGAAAAAAAAGCUCCUUCAGCGGUACAUGAAGAAUCUAAGCGAUCUGCAGGAUGAGCUGAAGCGAAAGGAGCUGGAGAAGAAGAUGAAGGAUCUGGAGAAGCUGCAGUGUGAGCUGGCUCGUCGUCAGGAGAAGUCCGGGACCAAGUGCGCCGGUGGUAAGAUCAAGGAGAUGCGCCAGAAAAGGCUCCAGAAGGUCCUGGCCUCGCACAUGAUGACGCUGGAGGGAUUGCUUUGUGAGCUGGCCCGCCGGGAGGCGCGGCUUAAUGGGGACAGGGGACGAGCCAGCGAGUCGGAGAACCUGGUACAUCCCCAGAUGCUGGAUGAGUAUACGGUGGCCUUCUGCGCUGUUGGUGAAGAUGGUCGGGAACUGCUGGAGGCAGCUCUUUCCGCCCGCAGGUGCGCCUAUGUCCCCUACAGCAACUUCAAAGUGGGAGCAGCUUUCCGAGCCAAGUGCGGUAGAAUCUACACGGGCUGCAACAUCGAGAACGUGGCCUUCACCCCAGGUAAUUGUGCAGAGCGAUGCGCCCUGGCCAAGGGAAUUAGCGAGGGCGAGAAAAGGUACACGGCCGGAGCUGUGGUGGCCUAUCACCCGGAUGGCUUCACCACGCCUUGCGGCGUCUGCCGCCAGUUCAUUAUGGAGUUCGUGCACAAGGACAUUCCCAUUUACAUUGCCAAGGCUCCGCCGCCGGAGCAGGAGGACUGCAUUCCGGCGAUCCAAGAUACCGAUGAGGUGCUGGUCACCUCGGCUUACCACCUACUGCCCUACAGCUUCACCUCAUUUCAGUAAACCAUUUGGCUUUACUAUAAGCUAAUUUUAAAGGACAUAUAUGUAUCGCUGUCGGACCUUUCUAUAAUUAUUUGGGCUACGAUUUAAUUUACAUUUUUAAUUAAAUGCAAUAAAGUGGAUCACUGUCAUCUGA